AUGAAUCAUACAAAACCAUUUCGUAGAUUGAAGUCAAAUGAAGAAGACGAGGUAACAAUCAAUCUGCAUCUGUUGAAAAAUAGACAGGUUGAAGUUGGACAUUUAUAUGAUCUACCAUGGCAACUACCACAGCCUAUGUUCCAUUUCUCGAAAAACCUGCUCCAGCUCACAUUACUUUGGAAUCCCUUCUUGACGCUACGGGUCUUACGCCUCCUUCUCCACUCUCCGAAUCAGUUAGCAAUUCAUUAA